AUGGUUUCCUUCAUCCUCUGCCUUCUCCCUGCUCUCCUAGCUACAAUGAGUGCACAAGGUGAGACCCUGACAUGUGACACGUGCUUUGGCCAAACGGAGACCUGCAGUUUCAAUCCAGGAACCUGCCAAGUCAACAAGGCUACUGGUGGCUGCCUCUCCGUGGCAGAAGAUAAUACACUGGAUGGGACACAGAACACGUACUUCUACAAACAGUGUCUGAGUAGCUAUAAGAGUGACAUCGAAGUCCCCAUCUCCUUCACUGUUGGGAAUGGCCAGUAUGUGAGGAUCAACACCACACGAUGCAACACAGAUAACUGUAACUCGGCUGUACCUGGAGUGCCCAAAGGGAGCACCACCAAGAACGGGCUGCAGUGCCCAACCUGCUUUGCUCUGAACUUCACUAUCUGCAACAGCGCAAUCACCCCUUGUACCGGGGACGAGACCUAUUGCAUGGAUUUCACUGGGUUUCUAUACCAAGAUUCAUCUCGAUCAGCAUUUCAAGCAAAAGGCUGCGCUACUGCGUCUGCUCAGGCCAUUAAACCUGGAGCCAUCCUGACUAUGGCACUCUACACAUUUGACUUUUUUUGGGGGAAAUCUGUUCCAGCGGAGAAAAUACCCACCAACCCCCCUCCCACAACCCCUGCCUCUCUAGAAACAACCACCACCACCUCCAACACAACCACCACCACCACCCCCACUCCCGCUACAACCGACACCACAACCCACAGUGGAGCCAGCCCGGCUCUGGGGAAAUUCUCCUUUGCCCUCUACCUGCCUGGCCUGACUGGGCUACUGCUGGUGAAGCUGCUCUCCUGA